AUGGAUCUCGAUUUAGAACCUACUUUAGAAUCUUUGAUUAAACAAGACACUUUGAAAUGGAUUUUCGUCGGAGGUAAAGGUGGUGUGGGGAAAACCACCACGUCAUCAUCAAUUGCCGUGCAAUUAGCAUUACAACAUCCAGAUUCGGAAUUCCUCUUAAUUUCCACCGAUCCUGCUCAUAACUUGUCGGAUGCUUUUUGCCAAAAGUUUGGCAAAGAGGCAAGAAAAGUCGAAGGGUUGUCCAAUUUGUCAUGUAUGGAAAUAGACCCAGAAGCGGCCAUGAGCGAUUUGCAGCAACAAGCACAGCAAUACAACAAUGAUCCAAACGAUCCGUUGAAAAGCAUAAUGAAUGAUAUGACGGGAUCAAUCCCUGGUAUAGAUGAAGCCUUAUCAUUUAUGGAGGUGUUGAAACACAUCAAAAAUCAGAAAGUUGAUGAAAAUGAUAGCAAGGACAAAAUAUCAUACAGGACCAUUAUCUUUGAUACUGCACCAACAGGGCACACCUUGCGUUUCUUGCAACUUCCAUCCACUUUGCAAAAGUUGUUGGGAAAAUUCCAACAGUUAUCAGGUAAAUUGGGACCCAUGAUGAGUAUGUUAGGAGGAGGUGCUGGUGGCCAACAAGAUAUGUUUGAAAAAUUGAAUGAAGUGCAGAAAAACGUUACUGAGGUGAAUGAACAGUUUACCAAUCCGGAUUUGACAACAUUUGUCUGUGUUUGUAUUUCGGAAUUCUUGUCAUUGUAUGAAACGGAACGGAUGAUUCAAGAAUUAAUGUCUUACAAAAUGGAUGUUAAUUCGAUUGUUGUCAACCAAUUGUUAUUUGCAGACGAUGAUGAAAACCCUUGUCAAAGGUGCGUAAGUAGAUGGAAGAUGCAAAAGAAGUACUUGGACCAAAUGGCCGAGUUGUACGAGGACUAUCAUUUGGUAAAAAUGCCGUUGCUUGGAACUGAAAUUAGAGGAGUUGAAAACUUGAAAAAGUUUUCCAAGUUUCUAUUGACUCCUUACGAUCCUAAGAAGGAUCGUGGUCUUAUAACUGAAAUGAAGGAGCAGUGA